AUGGCGGGAGUUGGGGAUAGAAAUCGAUCACUGAAAGAAGUCCUAUUAGAAAGUUUAACAGCCAUUCUCUCUCCUGAACAUGCUAUUCGAACGGCAGGCGAAAAUCAAAUAAAGGUUCUUGAAGUGACUGAAGAAUUUGGAGUGCACUUGGCUGAGAUAACAAUUGACACAUGUGGACUGUUAGCCGUACGUCAGCUGGCAUCGGUCUUGCUCAAGCAGUAUGUAGAAGCUCAUUGGAGCCAGCAUUCCGAUAAAUUCAGAUCACCCGAGACCAUCGAUGCGGCGAAACAGCAUAUCCGUGAGCUGUUGCCGCAGGGUCUGUACGAGUCUGUGAGCAAGGUGAGGACAAGCAUCGCGUACGCCAUGUCGGCCAUAGCUCACUGGGACUGGCCCGAGGUGUGGCCCGACCUGUUUGACAUCCUCAUGCAGGCUCUCACCAGCGGAAACACCAAUGCCGUGCACGGGGCCAUGAGAGUUCUCUCAGAAUUUUGCCAAGAUGUGACUGACACACAGAUUACACAUGUGGCUCCCAUAAUUCUGCCAGAAAUGUACAAGAUAUUUAUAGCUGCUGACACAUUCGGUAUUAGAACAAGAGGCCGAGCAGUUCAUAUUUUCAACAUCUGUGCUGGCAUGAUCGCAACAAUGUCUGAAUUACAAAAGGGAGUUGCAAAGCAGCUGUUGUUUCCGAUAUUACCACAGUUCACAGAAGCGUUAGUCCAAGGAUUACAGAUGCCAGAUGGCCACACCUCUGACAGUGGCCUGAAGAUGGAAAUUGUUAAAAGUAUUACAACAGUUGUGAAGAGUUUUCCGAAGACGAUGGGGCAGUACUUACCUCAGAUUCUGCCGUCUAUCUGGACCAUCUUCACUCAGAGCUCCGAUGUAUAUAUUCGAACUGUCGUAAACAACACAGAUGAAGCUGAUGAUCCUGUAGAUUCUGAUGGUGAUAUUCUUGGCUUUGAGAACCUCGUAUACAGUGUAUUUGAGUUUGUGCAUGCUCUGAUAGAAUCAUCAAAGUUUCGUUCAACCGUAAAGAAGACAGUUGAUCAGAUUCUGUAUUAUGUCAUCAGUUACAUGCAGAUGACGGAAGAUCAGAUUCAGAUGUGGACUACGAACCCAGACCAGUUUGUGGAGGAUGAGGAUGAUGAUAGUUUCUCGUACUCUGUGCGAAUCUCCGCUCAAGACUUACUACUGUCGUUAGCGAGUGAGUUUCGAAAUGACACUGCUCCUGCUUUAUGUCAAGCUAUUACCAAACACUUGCAAGAAGCCGAGACAAGCAAAACUGUGGGCAAUAUCCAUUGGUGGAAGCUGCACGAGUCGUGCAUGUUGGCACUGGGAAGUGUCAGACACAUGGUUCUGGAGGCUAUACAGACGGGCAAAGUACAGUUUGACGUGUCUGCUUUCCUCGAAUCUGUCGUUCUAGUCGACAUGAAUAGUAAUGUUUCACCUUUUCUUAUUGGACGUUGUUUAUGGGUUUCCAGUCGAUUUGUGGACGUUAUGUCCCCAGAUUUUACUCAAAGAUUUUUGCAAGCCACUGUUGGGGGACUGCAUCCUACACAACCACCCAUGAUUCGGAUUUCAGCCGUUAGAUCUGUUUUUGGAUUCUGUGAUCACCUAAAGACUUCUAACAAUACCCAACUUCUAGUUCCUUUCCUUUCAAAUAUUUUGGAUGGAUUAAUUACCAUAGCGACACAGUUUUCAGCAGAAGUUCUUGGUUUAUGUAUAGAAACAUUAACAGUUGUGAUAUCAGUUGAUCCUACAUUUACAGCAUCUCAUGAAAGUAAAUUAUCUCCCUUGGCUAUUGCUGUUUUCCUGAAGCACUGUGGAGACCCGUUUAUUGUAUCACUAGUCCAGGACGUCUUUAAGGUGUUGGCCAGCAAUGAGGCAUGUUCUGCACUGCUAGAGCAGAAACUCGUUCCAACCCUUGUGAGCAUCCUGCGUGCACCGUCGGAUAAAGUAUUACCGGGAAUGACCUCGGUGGUUCUUGAUGUUUUAACGACACUAGUUCGCUGCAGCAAAGGACACAUUUCAGUUUAUCUGCUGAAUGCAUUUCCAGUUGCAGUUGACUGUAUUAUGAAAACUGACGACAACUCCACUAUACAGAGUGGUGGAGAGUGUUUGAGGGCGUAUACGUCUGUGGGUCUUGAACAGAUUAUAACGUGGCAGGAUGAUCAUGAUAAAAACGGAUUGUUCUACAUAAUUCAAGUGAUAUGUAAGAUUCUUGAUCCGAAGACGUCGGAGUACACCGCAUCGUUUGUCGGUCGCCUCGUCUCUGUGGUGAUCAGUAAAGUCGGGACACAGCUUGGGGAGAACCUCGACCUCAUACUGCGGGCCGUGCUCAGCAAGAUGCAGCAGGCAGAAACACUCAGUGUCAUGCAGAGUCUUGUGAUGGUGUUUGCUCAUCUGAUCAACACUCAGCUGGAGGCUGUGCUUGACUUCCUGACCAGUGUCCCGGGUCCGACUGGAAAAUCCGCCCUCGAGUUUGUCCUCGCCGAGUGGUGCUCAAGACAGCAUCUCUUUUAUGGCAGUUACGAGAGAAAAAUUAGUGCUGUGGCCUUGUGUAAGUUAUUACAGCAUGUGGUGGCCACUAAUGAUCCCAGAUUACAAGACAUCACUGUUAAAGGUGAACAGAUCUUUCAACAAAACGGAGGAACACGCACAAGAUCAAAAACAUCCCAAGUUCCAGACCAGUGGACCAACAUUCCUGUGAUGGUCAAAGUGUACAAACUGCUCAUCAAUGAGUUGUCCAAUCAGAUCGAAGCUACUCUGUCAAAAGAAACAGAAGAUGAUUUGGAGGAUGAAGGCUGGGAUGAGGAGGAAGAUGACAAUGAUGAUGAUGUUGCCGUGCUGGGACAGCCACUUUCUAGUCUGUUAGACGACUUUGUCGGAGAUUAUCAAGGUUUUGCCAUGGAUGAAGAUGAAGAAGAUGAUGAUCCAGAUGCCCUCUCGGAUCCCAUCAACCAAAUCAAUCUGCAGGCCUACCUCACAGAGUUUCUCCAGUCACUAUCACAGCAGCCAUGUUUCUCCAUGUUCCAAGCUCACCACAACGAUUCCGAAAGACACGUCUUACAGUCGAUAAACAUCCAGGUGUGAAAGUCAUGACUGCUUCAUCUUGACGUAAACGAGCCUUCGAAAUUCGCAGUGGCAAUCAGUAGUGUUGCCACAAAAGGCUGAUGCAAGAUUGAUCUGCAGCGGCAUUUUUAACAUUAACGGGCAUUUACAUUGUUCUUAUCUGUAGCAGAUUGUGGUUAUGAGAUGAUCUGAAUUUUGAAGGCUGAUAAACAUGAGAGAAAAAUACCGGUCCACAUGCACUGUGGUUUGCUGAAAUACUUAAAACUCAUUGCUGGUGUCAUCAUUUGUUUGUCUGCCAAGUUUAGAGAGGUAAAAUAUUUCCAAAUAAUUGGUAUUAUUAAUAAGUUUUAAGCUGGACCCAAAGUAUUGUUAUUAAUUUAGCUUUUAAUCUGAUUUCAGUUAGUGGAUUUUUGGUGUGAAAUGAUUUAGCAGGAAGGGUAAGAUUAUAAGAUAGAAUUCCGAAAUAUCUAUAUUACACUAUUUUUAGAAUUUUGGCAAGGUGCUAAAAACAAAAAAGUCCCCAAAUUCGAUGUGAAAUGUUGAAGAAAAAACCCCCUUUAUUUCAUUAUAGUAUGGAGGUUUUCAGCGUUUUAAAGAUCAUUUCGACUUUUUAUUUUUAAAUGUGUAUCACAUCCAUAUCAAUUUGGGAAGAAAAUCUACAGCUAAAAUCAAGUUUUGAGUUGAUAACAAAAGUAAGAAGACUCAAAAGAAGUGUAUUUGAUUUUUGAAUAAAUUUUUGGCAAUUUUAUAAUUUGAUAUAUUGACCGUAUUCAACUUAUUUGGAAAUUUGGGUAAAAAUAAUUUAAAUGAUAUCAGGAAUUGCUCAACAAUUGGAAGUAUCUGAAGUAGUCGGUGUGUUGUGAUAAAAUAAUACUGCAGUGGAACAGAGGACUUGGUGUGUCGAAAUGGAAUAGAGGACUUGGUGUCGAAACUAGUCUACUUGGUUCACUCAAAGUGGACAACAAACUACUCUGUUAUUGUGGAGUUUGUUGAAGCAAAACAUUAAAUUAUUUUAAUUGUUGUUUUAAUGGUUUUAUUCAUUUAGUAACAUAUGGUGCGAAGAAAAACUGUUUAAAGAAAGUUAUUUACAUGAUGUGAUUCCAGCUAUUUUAUUUUAUUUUGUUCAUGUUGAAAGAAACUGAAAUGAUGAUGCAAUGAAAUUUUUUAUAUAUGUGAACAACAGACUUCAUGAUAUUGACAAAUAAAUUGUAUUAAAUAUUUCAAAAUUA